CGCGAUCGAGAGUCAUGCCUAACCCAACCGCCACCUUCAACACUUCCGAGGGCGCGUUCACCGCGGAGAUCUUCAUGGACAGGAUGCCCAUCACCGCCAGCAACUUUAUCGACCUGGCCAACACCGGAUUCUACAACGGCGUCCACUUCCACCGCGUGAUCGACGGGUUUAUGCUCCAGUUCGGCUGCCCCCACGCCAAGGACCCCAAGUCCCGCAACGCCGGCACCGGCAAUCCCCCCGGCGGCAGCUCCUUCACCUGCAACGGGAAGACCAUCACGCGCGACGCGGGGGGCAACAUCCCCGACGAGCUCAUCGACAAGACGUCCAACGAGCCCGGCACCCUGUCCAUGGCCAACACGGGGCAGCCCAACAGCGGUGGGUCGCAGUUCUUCGUCAACACCGUUCACAACGAUUUCUUGGACUGGUGGAGGUCGGACCUGAGCCCCAGCCAGCACCCGGUUUUUGGCAAGGUCACCUCCGGCAUGGACGUGGUGAACAAGAUCGGGAAGAUGCCCACCGACCCGGGCGACGCCCCGAUCAAGCCCGUGAUGAUGAACUCCGUGGUCAUCAAGUCCUAAUUCGUCCAAGUACGCGACGGAUCGCGUGUUGCGUGCACAUCGAGGGAGGAGUCGCGACCCUUCGGGGUCGAUCGACGGAGAAGAUGUGAUUUGUUUCGGACCCGUGCUUUGCAGAGUGACAUCACGGGCGGGGCCCUUUCGAGUUGGUUUCGUUUUCAUCGGCCCCUCUCGGUCGAGCUUUAGCUUUGAGGGUUGACUGUCGAAAGCGAAAAAAAAUAUCUACGGUUUCAAA